GUACCUCAAUCUAGGUGUUCUAUCGAUUGCCAACCUGGAUUCUACCAAGUUCGCAGCCAAAAUAUUCUGAAUCGUUUAUGUUGUUGGACAUGCCAUCCAUGCUUAUCACCGACAAUAUCUAAUACAACAAAUCAAUUUGAAUGUAUAACAUGUCAAAGUUUUACUAAGCCAAAUGCUAACAGAACUCAGUGCAUUGAUUUUGAUAUUGUUCAAUUUAGUUGGAAUCAUGGAUUCGUUAUCGUCUAUUACAUCGUGGCCUCUAUUUUUAUUAUAUGCCUCCUAUUCUGCUGGGUUAUCAUUAUUUUUAAAAGGAAUACUCCAAUUAUUAAAGCAUCUAAUUCUAUUCUUCUAAGUCUUGUUUUAUUCUUUAUUUCAGUAUCUCUUCCAGCUUCUUUGACUUUUUUCUUGCCAGUUCGUAAAGAAGUUUGUUUAGCAACUGUCUGCUUAGUAUGUACUACCGAUUGUGGCAUCCUGCUAACUGUCAUAUGUAAAGCCAACCAGAUUUCCUUGAUAUUUAAAAAUUCCAUCAAUCAUAAUUCCUUUCGAUCCAAAGUAGUUAGGAAUAAAUACCAAGUUAUCAGUAUUAUAUUCAUUUUACUCCUACUGAAUGGCCUCAUGAUAGGAGUAUACUAUUAUAAGCCAGCAGAAUUGCUUAAGCUGCAAGUAUCCGGGGCAAACUCGGGGCAAGCUAUGGAAGUUAUGUGUCGAGUUGGAGGAGAGCCAAUUUUUCUAAUUGCUACUAUUAGUAUAGGUAUCUUAUGUCCAGUUACAUUAUUCAUGGGGUAUCGCACACGAUCAUUACCGGAUAAUUUUAGUGAGGCAAAGUUCAUAUUUUUGUCUUCGUUAAUGCUUCUUUGUGUAUCCUUGACAGGAAUACCAGCAUUUAUAGCUACAACUGGGAUUCUACAUAGGAUUAUUGGAUCCAUAACUACCCUUUUAUUUGGUUUAGUUCCUUUAAUUUGUCUUUUCGCACCUAAAUUUUAUAUAAUAUUCCUACAGCCUGAGUUAAAUACU